GCAACUCUAUAUCAUUAGAUCAUCAUAACAUCAGUGCUGCAGUGCAGUGCUAUCACCGCUGACGCUGAGAGCUUCCAGCUUCUUCUUCUCCUUCGUCUUCUUCCCGGUCUCAAGUCCUGACGGCAUCUGAUCCUGUCGAUUGUAUUCUGCUGCGCUAUCAAGCUUUACAAUUGUUUCAUGGGACUUUUUCCGAUUAAUUUCAUCGGCCUUUUGAUCUUGGUAUGGGGAGUGCUAAUGUUGAAAAGCUCAGAUUUUGCAUUGACAGAGGUGGGACUUUCACUGACGUCUAUGCAGAAAUCCCUGGACACCGUGACGGACAAGUUCUGAAGCUCUUAUCCGUAGACCCUGCCAACUAUGAAGACGCCCCUGUGGAGGGGAUCAGGAGGAUCCUUGAGGAAUAUACCGGGGAGAAGAUCCCACGAACCUCAAAGAUUCCAACCGACAAGAUUGAAUGGAUAAGGAUGGGCACAACUGUGGCCACGAAUGCUCUUCUUGAGAGAAAGGGUGAGAGGAUUGCUUUGUGUGUGACCCAAGGCUUUAAGGAUCUGCUGCAGAUAGGCAAUCAGGCCCGGCCUAACAUAUUCGACCUCACAGUGACAAAGCCUUCAAACUUGUAUGAGGAGGUUAUUGAAGUUGAUGAGAGGGUCGAGCUCGUUUCACCUAAUGAAGCUGAUGAUAAGCGAAGCUCCUCUUCCACAGGGCCCAUUAGUGGGGUUUCUGGGGAGCUUGUCAGAGUUAUAAAGCCAAUUGAUGAAGAAUCCCUGACCCAGUCGCUGAAGGGUUUGCUCGAGAAAGGGAUAAGCUGUUUGGCUGUAGUUUUGAUGCAUUCCUACACUUAUCAGGAGCAUGAGAUCGCAGUGGAGAGAUUGGCUCGAAGAAUGGGAUUCCGCCAUGUGUCCCUGUCCUCAGCCCUAACCCCGAUGGUUCGGGCUGUUCCUCGGGGUUUAACCGCCACAGUGGAUGCGUAUUUAACACCAGUCAUCAAAGAGUACCUUUCUGGAUUUAUAUCUCGAUUUGAUGAAGGAGUGGAGAAAGUGAAUGUUCUGUUCAUGCAGUCGGAUGGUGGGCUUGCCCCAGAGAGCCGUUUCUCAGGUCACAAGGCCAUAUUAUCCGGCCCGGCAGGAGGUGUGGUGGGUUACACUCAAACCCUUUUUAGGCUCGAGACUGAGAAGCCACUCAUUGGGUUCGACAUGGGGGGCACGUCUACAGACGUGAGCCGUUAUGACGGGACCUACGAGCAGGUCCUAGAGACCCAAAUUGCUGGAGCAAUAAUUCAAGCCCCUCAGUUGGACAUUAACACUGUGGCUGCUGGUGGUGGGUCAAAGCUGAAGUUCCAGUUCGGGGCGUUCCGCGUGGGGCCCGAGUCGGUCGGUGCCCAUCCUGGGCCUGUGUGCUAUCGCAAGGGUGGGGAAUUGGCAGUUACUGAUGCAAACUUGAUCCUAGGCUAUGUCAUUCCCGACUAUUUUCCGUCCAUCUUCGGCCCGAAAGAGGACCAGCCAUUAGAUGUUGAGGCCACAAGGAGAGCAUUUGAGAAGCUCUCCGAGGAAAUUAAUUCUUAUCGAAAGAGCCAGGACCCUCACACAAAAGACAUGUCUGUGGAGGAGAUUGCUCUCGGCUUUGUGAAUGUGGCCAAUGAAACAAUGUGCCGCCCUAUAAGGCAGCUGACAGAAAUGAAGGGCCACGAGACAGGCAAUCACGCACUAGCUUGUUUUGGAGGUGCAGGUCCACAGCAUUCCUGUGCUAUUGCUCGGUUGUUGGGAAUGAGGGAAGUACUAAUUCACCGAUUUUGUGGCAUUUUAAGUGCAUAUGGAAUGGGAUUAGCAGAUGUUAUUGAAGAGGCCCAAGAGCCCUAUUCGUCUAUUUACAGCAAUGAAUCAAUCCUUGAAUCCUCUCGUAGAGAAGCUAUGUUAUCCGAGCAGGUGAAGAAAAAGUUACUCAAGCAAGGGUUCAAAGAAGAAAAUAUAACAACAGAGACAUACUUGAAUCUGAGGUAUGAAGGCACAGAUACUGCAAUCAUGGUAAAGCGACAAGAAUGUUCAGGGUUUGACUAUGCUGUGGAGUUUGUGAAGCUCUUUCAGCGAGAGUAUGGCUUUAAACUGCAGAACAGGAACGUGUUAAUAUGUGAUGUCAGAGUUCGUGGGAUAGGAGUUACAAACAUACUGAAGCCGCAAGUCCAGCACCCUGCUUUGACUACAACCCCUAAAGCCGAAGGCUGUUAUAAGAUAUACUUCGGGAAUGGAUGGCAUGAGGCACCUCUGUACAAACUCGAGAACAUGGGUCCUGGGCAUGCUGUGCUAGGUCCUGUUAUCAUCAUGAACGGGAACAGCACUGUGAUUGUGGAGCCCAUGUGUAGAGCAGUUAUAACGAACUACGGGAACUUAAAGAUUGAGAUUGAGCCUGAUGCUACUAGUAGCACUUCCAAUGUGGCAGAUAAUAGCAAAGUCGCCGAUGUGGUGCAGUUGUCGAUCUUCAAUCACCGUUUUAUGGGGAUUGCCGAGCAAAUGGGGCGGACCCUACAGAGAACUUCAAUAUCAACUAAUAUAAAAGAGCGGUUAGACUUCUCGUGUGCGCUUUUUGAUCCUGAGGGUGGGCUCGUGGCAAAUGCCCCGCAUGUCCCUGUCCACCUUGGCGCCAUGUCGAGCACUGUGAAGUGGCAACUCAAGUACUGGGUAGAAAAUCUGAUUGAAGGAGAUGUUCUGGUGACUAAUCAUCCCUGUAGUGGUGGGAGCCACCUCCCAGACAUCACUGUUAUUACUCCUGUUUUUGACAAUGGGAAGCUUGUGUUUUUUGUAGCAAGUCGGGGCCACCAUGCAGAGAUUGGGGGAAUUACCCCGGGGAGCAUGCCGCCCUUCUCGAAGUUCAUAUGGGAGGAAGGGGCAGCAAUCAAGGCAUUCAAACUAGUAGAGAAGGGGGUGUUCCAAGAAGAAGGAAUUGUGAAGCUACUUAAAUUUCCGUGCCCUGACGAGUCUUCAGGGAAUAAGAUUCCAGGAACACGAAGAUUACAAGAUAAUUUAUCCGAUCUUCACGCGCAAGUAGCAGCAAACCAGAGAGGGAUCUCAUUGAUCAAAGAGCUGAUUGGGCAGUACGGGUUGGAAACUGUCCAAGCAUACAUGAAACAUGUACAGAGCAACGCAGAACAAGCUGUGAGAGAGAUGCUCAAGUCUGUCGCAGGCAAAGUCACGUCAGAGGAAAAGAUGGUCACAAUUGAGGAAGAGGAUUACAUGGAUGACGGUUCAAGCAUAAAAUUGACACUCACGAUCGAUCCUAUCAAAGGGGAGGCAGUCUUUGAUUUUCAUGGGACUAGCCCAGAGGUCUAUGGGAACUGGAACGCCCCAGAGGCAGUUACUGCUGCAGCAGUGAUAUACUGCCUCCGCUGCCUAGUGGACGUCGAGAUUCCGCUCAAUCAAGGCUGCUUGGCCCCUGUGAGAAUUAUUAUCCCUGAGGGUUCAUUCCUCUCACCCAGUGAUAAAGCUGCAGUGGUGGGAGGCAAUGUGCUGACGUCGCAGCGAGUGACUGAUGUUGUCCUCAUGGCCUUUCGGGCCUGUGCUUGCUCUCAGGGUUGUAUGAAUAACUUAACCUUCGGGGAUGAAACUUUUGGGUACUACGAAACAAUCGGUGGUGGGAGUGGGGCCGGGCCCACCUGGAAUGGCACUAGUGGGGUCCAGUGCCACAUGACCAACACACGGAUGACUGACCCGGAGAUCUUCGAGCAGAGGUACCCUGUGCUUCUUCACAGGUUCGGGAUCAGGGAGAACAGUGGAGGAGUAGGGAUUCACAGUGGAGGAGAUGGGUUGGUUCGGGAAAUCGAGUUCAAGCGGCCUGUGGUGGUGAGUAUCCUUUCAGAGAGGCGAGUGCAUGCACCGAGAGGGCUGAAUGAAGGGAGUCCCGGUGCCUGUGGAGCGAACUUUCUGAUCACAAGGGAUGGCCGGGGAGUCUACCUUGGAGGUAAAAACACAGUUAGUGUUCAGCCGGGGGAAAUCCUUCAGAUCUUGACUCCGGGAGGUGGCGGCUGGGGCUGCCCUCAUCCCUAGCUCUGUUCUUGUAUGUAUUGAACUCCAACGCAGUAUAUGAUCUUCAUGUCGAAAUUUUCGGACUUCUUGCUCUCAAAUUACAUUUGUUUGAUCGAAUAAAAUCUUAAGUCAUUUUUUAGUAUUCUAA